UUUCAUUGCUAGAGGGCAAUAUUUCACAAGGAUAAAGACGAAUCUUGGCGCCCCGUUGUCCAGCAAGGAAAGAAUGAUUGUGUUCAACUCACUAUCGCAGAACCGAACGGCGCUGCUGUUCUAAAGGGGUCGCCAGUGUGGGGUCUCUGCUUACUCUUGAGGCCGAUCGAGCCUGCGCUUUGUUCAUUCGCGCUGUUUCACGUUGACCUAGUUUUUUUCUGAUUUAGACGGCUCUCGUUGGAAGGGAUUUCGCUGACCCUUCAUCUGUGCACAGACGGAGGAGAAGUGUGGUAGCGCUCUGCGUAUCAUGAGGCUUUCUGACACUAAUCUAAAAUUAUUUUCACAAAUGUGAUUACUGCCUGAUGGAGAAUAAGCUGUUUUGGGGAAGAAAAGUGGGUCUGAUGUCGUCUAAUCUGUGUACAGAAUGCAACUCAAAUCAGCUAAUUCGUUUGCUCGCUAUAAUCGAGAGAAGGAACCUUUGAUUGUGGGUUCAUGUGUCUAGUCACAUAUAGCCCAAAAGAACGGUGUUUUCUUCAGUAAAAUUGUGAUUCGUUUUCUCUCUAAUCGGAUUAGGCAACGAUAAACUACUCCGGUACAACUGUGCCGAAGCAAAUAGCUACACCUUCUAGAUUCUCAAACACUUUUGGUGACAUCACAAAUGGGCUGUCUCCAACCUUAUCAUCAACUAUAAAUAAUGGCGGGUAGUGCAGUCAGAAACAUAACAUAGACCAUCGUCGCAGUACAGAUCCAGCAUUUAGAGUGGAAGGGCAGAAACCGUUAUUCAUUCAGGGGAAAUCAACUCAGUUCCCAAGACGCGUCCCGGGAGAUUGAGAACAAGAAUCCCGGCACCAAGGCAUCAUGCUGGGCAGCGCGAAAAAGUCAAGCCCCACGCAGAAGAAUGGGGCAGGGACGUCCGGAUCGAAGAGCACCGACCCUUUAAAGAAUUUAGGUGUGCAUGAGGAUGAGGAUGUGAAGAAGAUGCUGCAGGGCGCGCCCAUGAUGAAGGUGCGCUCGCCCCGGUGGCAGCGUCGACGCAUGAUGAAGCUGCUCGACGACGGAGUGACCGUGUGGUGCGAGUCCAACAAGACCUCCAGCAGGGCCAAGUCACGCCAAUCCUUCUCAGUGACAGACGUGGAGUGUGUGCUGGAGGGCUGCCAGACUGAACCCCUGCGCAAGCUGGGCAAGAAGGUGAAGGAGGACGAGUAUCUGACCAUAGUCUUCAAGGGGCCCAGGAAGAGCCUGGACAUCCACUGCCCCAGUCCGCAGGACGCCCAGAGCUGGGCCCGCGGCAUCCGCACGCUGCAGGGGCGCAUGGACAACAUGACCCAGACCGAGAAGCUCGACCACUGGAUCAACGCGUUCCUGAAGCAGGCAGAUGAGAACCAAGAUGGGAAGAUGAGCUACGAGGAGGUGCAGACACUGCUGCAGAUGAUCAACAUAGACCUGAGCGAGCAGUACGCACGCAACCUGUUUACGAAGUGCGACCGCUCCGCCAAUGGGCGUCUGGAGCACAGUGAAAUCGAGGUCUUCUGCCGCGAGCUCCUCCGGCGGCCGGAGCUGGACGCCGUCUUCCAGCAGUACUCGGCCAACGGGACGGUGCUGUCCACCGUAGACUUGCGGGACUUUCUGCGGGAGCAGGGCGAGGACGCGUCCCUCGUGCACGCCCAGAGCCUCAUCCUCACCUACGAGCUCAACGAGUGGGCUCAGAAGAACCAGUACAUGACGCCCAACGGCUUCACCAUGUACAUGCUGUCCAAAGAGAAUGUGGUGUUGGAGCCGGAUCACGGCCGCGUGUACCAGGACAUGAAGCAGCCACUCUCCCACUACUUCAUCAACUCCUCACACAACACCUACCUCACCAAAGACCAGCUGAUGAGUGAGAGCAGCACUGAGCCCUACAUGAGGGCCCUGAGCCGUGGCUGCCGCUGUGUGGAGCUGGACUGCUGGGACGGGGAACAGGGAGAGCCCGUCAUCUACCACGGACACACACUCACCUCUAAGAUCACCUUCAGAGAGGUCAUACACACCAUCAAUGAAUACGCCUUCAAGGCGUCUCCGUAUCCUCUGAUUCUGUCUCUGGAGAACCACUGUUCAGUGGAGCAGCAGGCAGAGAUGGCCCGUCAGUUACGCUGCAUCCUGGGGGACAAACUGCUCACCAGUCCACUCAGUGACAAGGAGCUCCAGAGCCUGCCCUCUCCUGAGGAGCUGAAAGGGAAGAUCCUGGUGAAAGGGAAGAAGGAGAGGAGGCAGGAGGAGAGUUCCUCCAGUUCUGAUAGCUCCUCUUCAGAGGACGAGUCCAAAGCGGAGAACAAGUCCAAACCCAAGGCUGAGGCCAAGAAGUGCACUUGUGUGUCUCCCCAGCCUGUCUCUAAACUGAGUCCCGAGCUGUCUGACCUUGUGGUGUACACGCGUAGUGUGCCAUUUAAGGGCUUCCAGCAAUCUGCCGUCAAACCGUCCAACGAGAUGUCCUCCUUCUCUGAGAGCGAUGCCCUCAAACAUGUCAAAGACUCAGGGACGUGUUUUGUGCGUCACAACACCAGGCAGCUGAGCAGGAUCUACCCCUCCGGUCAGAGGGUCGGGUCCUCCAACUACAACCCCCAGGACAUGUGGAACGGCGGUUGCCAGAUUGUGGCUCUGAACUUCCAGACACUGGGCGAGGCCAUGGACCUGAACCAGGGCCGUUUCCUGGUCAACGGGGGCUGCGGGUACGCGCUGAAGCCCAGCUUCCUGCGCCAGGCCAACUCUGAGUUCAACCCAGAGAACACCGGGGUCGGGCCUGGCCACAACCCAGUCCUGCUGACCAUUCGUGUAAUCUCAGCCCAGCAGCUCCCCAAGUCUCCCACAGAUAAACCCAACUCCAUAGUGGACCCGUACGUGUGCGUGGAGACCCACGGAGCGCCCAUAGAUAACAACAUGAAGAAGACACACCGUAUUGACAACAAUGGCUUUAACCCUCGCUGGGACUGCACCUUUAAAUUCCAGCUUCAUGUCCCUGAGCUGGUGCUGGUACGUUUCCUGGUGGAGGAUCACGACUUUACCUCCAGCAAUGACUUCCUGGGACAGUUCACCUUGCCCUUAAACAGUAUGCGCACUGGCUACAGACACGUUCGCCUACUGAAAGAGGACGGCACCAGCUUGUCCCCAUCCACCCUCUUCAUCCAUGUAAAGGUCACACCUUCACACAGCACACCCACCAAGAAGGCAUCGCCCCAAAAAGCCUGAAGACUACAUUACCAACAAGCCUCUGCUGUAGGUCCUCGGGAGGGCUGCGACAUUUUCAUGCUGUUAAUAACUAAAACUGUCACUUAAACUGGAUAUGUAAUAUCUACUCAUAAUGCUCAGGAACACUUUAUAUCCACAUUGAAGUGAGGUAUCAGUGGCAUAAACUAACAAUGGGCAACAAUAUUGUUUGAAAAACUCACAAAGACCAGUAAGAGUUUUGAGACCAAUCAUAGCAUGUCAUAUUAACCAGUCCACUGACAGAGACCAAUCAGAGUGAGUGAUGCUUAACAAGGACUAGUGAUCAUUCUUUCGUCCACUGGCGGUUUUUAUUAAUUGUACUUCUGAGAAGUCAUGUUGGACUAUGUUGCCUGUGCCACCAAUCACAACCACCAGUCAAGUGUGGCCUAAAUCACUGAGUGAGACCAAUCAAGAUUUUUACAAGAUCAAUAAGAUCAAUAAGUCCUGGAUAACCAAUUACAACUGACAGUUUUGGGGAAUUGAAAACUAAAAAGGCAUGCAUUCAGAAUGCGUUUCAGGUCAAAGCAUGAUGCAGCUAAAAACGAACAUGUGAUUUAUCAUUUAUAUAUCAUGAAAUUGUAUGCUGGUUGACUAAAAAGCAAUAGAGUAGGUAUGCAAUAUAUAUUAUAAAGCUUGUAGAAAUGUGUAGUACGUACAGUCUGUUUUAAUAUUUAAUAUAUUUCUUAGAGUUCAAAUCUAUUUUAUUUGUUAUUUUUAGUUGUUUUGAGUUUUUUACAAAUACUGUGUCUUUAGGAUGGUGCACAGAGAACUGUACUCUGGAUAAAUCACACAAGUAGAACAAUAUAAACAUGUUCAGACCCCAACUCAGAAGGGGGACCCUCCCCUGAUGACCAGCCUCUCUGGCUUGUUGGUUUCAGCCCCCCGUAUUUUCUCCAGCCAAACUAGUUUCCUUGAAGUAUACUCACAAGGUAAUUCAUAGAUCCGCUGUCAACAAUGCCAUCAUUGAGGGUGAGAGUGGGUACCAAGUGUGACCACACCUGUAUUCAUGGGAAUUGUAGUAUGGCCUGUGGAAUGGUCUUCAUUUCAACCCAAAUAUAGAUAUUCUAGAUUCUCUGUUUAGCAUCCAUCUUAGAACAACUUAGAUCUUAGACAUGAAGGAAAACAGAGCACUUGAAGAAGAAGACUGAAGUUUAGACAGUCUCCCUUCCUGGCCAGUUUAAGCUCUUGCUGUCUCUAUGGAGCUGGACUGAAGGAGAGUCGGACAACAUCGCGCAGCUUUAAACUUUGAUACUGGCACUGAAUAGAGAACACCUCAAGAGAGAACUGUAUGUUUUUACUGAAGGAUUUGUGUUGUCCUAAAUGUUCCGUCUUGUAGCACUUUAUUGUUCAAAGCUAGAUGUUCAAAGCUAGAUCUAGAUGUCCAUCAGCUGUGAGACACAGGUUACAACAGAUGUAUUUACUUUAUACUUGUAGUUUUUACUACUUUUAGGGACCGGUUUACACUUUCAAUAACUUUAAUCUAAUCUGAAAGAUUUGAUCACAUUCCCAUCAAGGUGUAUCAUGUUUAUGUGAGCUCCUGUCUGGGAUGCUUAUGGGUCUAAAAGGAGGUUGUGUUUUUUUCCCACUGAGAUUUUGAUAUACUCAGACAAACUAACAGUAUAUCACUUUGGAAACGAUACACAGACCUAGCCUUAGUGUGUUUUCAACCUUGGGAUGCCUUAUAAUCAACUGAAUUUGAACUGUUUUUGUUAAAAUAGCAUCCACACUAAUCUUUCAAAAGCAAAUAUGGGCACCACUCAUACACGUAUGUUGAUGAAGUUAAAAUUGGAAGGAAGUUUAUUUUGUGAGUAACUGUAGGUUUCUUAUAGUCGAUGAAUAACAGUAUUAUUGAGACAUGUUUAGAACAGAGCAAAUUACAGCUCACUGAUUCAGAAAAAUAGGUCAUUUAAUUUAACUGUUUAAACAUGUUUGACUGCAUGUACUUUGUAUGCAGCAUAUUGGUAUGUGCAACGUAUUUUAUUAAUCUAAACAUCAUUGUUGGUUUUUUUUUAUCAGUAGUUGAUUUAUUUAGGUUGAUGAAAUAUGUGUGCAUCCUUGCAUUUUGAAAUUCCUGCCUAGUUACUGUAAUAUGUUGCCAAAACAAUGAGUAUGAUACAUAUCAGGUAGAAUUAGUAAUAGUAGUCUCAAGCAAGUCACUGUUAGUAUUUAUACUUUUUUACAAUUCUAAAAUAUUUUUGCUGUUGCACGUUGCAAGGACAACCGAAGAAUGCCAUAAAAGGGUAAGGAUGUGUCAGCCAAUAGGAGGCUUGUCUGCUUACUGACGUGAUCAAAAUCGUUCUUGUAUGUCAGCAUAUGUACUUGAAUGGCAAACACUGCAGUGAAUAAAUAAAAAGAAAAGACCCGGAA